UCUUUCUCCCGCUACCUCGGCCGCCACCCUCCUGACCGCUCCCCCAAGCGCACGCGCACGGGCGCUCGCCCGCACCCGCCGCAAGUUCCGGGCUUCCGGUUCCGCCCGGACUGAGGGACCGAUGCUGAUGGCGGCGGCUGAGAAGUUGCCGGCCGAGAAGUUGCCGGCCGAGAAGUUGGCAGCAGAAGAGGCUGUGGAGACUGAGACUCCGGGAGCUCUGAAACCCGGAGCCGCCCCGUUCGGAAAUUUCCCUCAUUAUUCUCGCUUCCACCCUCCCGAGCAAAGGCUCCGUCUUCUACCCCGGGAGCUUCUUCGACAGCUCUUCCCUCCCGAGGGUCCCGAGAGGAGGCCGAUCCUAGGGCUCGACGUGGGGUGUAACUCCGGGGACCUGAGUGUGGCUCUGUGCAAACAUUUCCUUUCCCUGCGUGAUGGGGAGCCCUGCUCAGGUGCCUCCAGAGACCUCCGCCUCCUCUGCUGUGAUAUAGACCCAGUCCUUGUGGAGCGAGCUGAAAAAGCAUGCCCUUUUCCCGAUGCUCUGACCUUUAUCACCCUGGACAUCAUGGAUCAAAGGAACAGGAAGGUCCCCUUGAGUGCUUUCUUAAGCCAGUUUGGGCGUUCUGUUUUUGACAUUGUCUUCUGCAUGUCAGUAACUAUGUGGAUUCAUCUGAACCACGGGGACCAUGGCCUGUGGGAGUUCCUGGCCCAUCUCUCCUCUCUCUGUCGCUACCUCCUCGUGGAGCCACAGCCCUGGAAGUGCUACCGGGCCGCUGCAAGGCGCCUCCGAAAGCUGGGGCUCCAUAACUUUGAUCACUUCAGCUCUCUCACCAUCCGAGGCGAUAUGGCCAGUCAGAUCGUGCGGAUCCUGACGCAGGACCAUGCGAUGGAAUUAGUGCGCUGCUUCGGCAACACCAGCUGGGACCGAAGCCUUCUGCUCUUCAGAGCAAAGCACGCCGUGGAGACUCAUCAACCCCUGAACCGCUAACAAGAGACAGAAAGGAAGAAAUCGGAAUUCUGAAAAGGAGGGCAAACAGGAAGAGCAGCAGGGACACAAUGUGACACUUUCAUACUGAGAAUCACAUCCUGGAGCUAUCGGGCCUCCAGACCUGGCAAGAACUCUUGGCAAAGUGUCUGAAGCAAGCGACUGAAAGAAUUAGUGUCUGUGUUCCCGAUGUUUGGAUAGCCCCGAGGGGAAUGAAUUCAGAGAGCAGUGAGCUAGGCUGUCUGGAUGGAGAUUGUGGUCCUGGGGAAUGAAACCGCCUUUGAAAGCUGUCUUGUUUGCUGGGGACCAAAGUUAGGGUCUUGUAUGUGCUGGUCAAACAGUCUACCACCAAGCUACACCUCCAGCUCUGCGGGGGGUUUAUAAAAAAACCAGACCGGGUUAA